AUGAGCACCGCUUAUAAAUGCGGGCCAGCAGCUACCUGUGUCUACUUGAGUGAAGAGGGGCGUGGCGAGUGCUUCUGUUUGGUGCAAACAUAUAGAAGAACGUCCUUGCAAAUUGACUAGGCACAGAAAAAGGUGAAGAAGAAGCACAAAAGUGAAAAAAGUGGCUAUCUAAUGCUGAAAGCGGUGAGUUGGUUAAUUGUGUACAUAUUUAGACUUCUUUAGAAAUUGGAACGCUUAUCUUUAGAACAAGCGUCACCAUAUCUUUGAAUGAAACCACUUG